AGAUCCCCGCGACGAUCUCAUCGAGGCUAGACUAAGUGGCUCGGAAAUCCGGGGAAGUAAGACGGGGGCGAAUACCUACACCUAGGAAGUUUUAGUACAUGCCACUACUAGAGUUGCCGUCAUGCAUUUCAGAACGAUUAAGGAGUUAGAUAGCACCGAAGGCACUGUGCUGCUGUUCAGAGAGAACUUACAAGGCGAACGACACCGAGAUGAUAAAGACCUCAUUCUAUUUCCUCAGCCAUCGACGGAUCCCAAUGAUCCACUAAGAUGGCCAAGAUGGCGCAAAAAUAUGGCCUACGCAUCUGUUUGCGCAUUCGCCUGCACAAACAACAUCAGCGGAACUGUUUACUCCGACGUCUUCGUUCUCAUCUCCAGGCACUUCAACGUAUCCGUCGACGAAGCCUCAGGUCUGAUUGCUUGGGUAAUUCUUACCCUUGGAGUGUCGAACUUCAUUUGGGUUCCUUCAGCCCUGUAUUUCGGAAAGAGGCCUGUAUUCAUAUUAGCAUGCGCUAUUACAUUCGCGGCGGCUAUUUGGGCGGCGUCAACAGACAGUUUUGGUAGCUUGCAAGCAGCAUGUGUAGUUGGCGGCUUUGGUGGAGGAGCAUCGGAAGCACUUGGAGCUGCUAUCAUCAACGAUAUUUACUUUCUACAUGAAAGAGGCAGCAAAAUGGCAUGGAACUUGAUCAUGCUUGCGUUCGGCAGCAGCAUAGGACCCCUAAUAGGAGGCUACCUUAUCGAAAGUAAGGGUCUAAAAUGGGGGAAAUGGCUCAGCGCUAUUUUUCUGGGCGUCAACCUCUUGAUGAUUAUCUUCUUUGUGCCGGAGACGAGAUUCAAUCGAUCGUUAAACGCGUCAGAUUCUUCCGACCAGAACGCCAAGCCAAUACAGACCCCAGAGACAGCAACAGAUGCUGAGGCCAGCAGCAGCCUGGACAGGUCUGACGCCGCGCACCCUGAGAAAUCAACAACCAAUACACAUUCAUCGUUGCUCCCAACGGAUCCUAGCAUACCCCGUAAACCGUACUUCGCACUACUCAACCCCUGGUCUGGAACUACAUCUGGGGAGUCUUUCUUCGAUUUGAUGUUUCGGCCGAUUCCCUUGAUUGUCUAUCCGGCCUGCCUCAUGGCUACUUUUAUCUACUCUAUUUGCCUCGCUCCAACUGUUAUGGUCAAUGUCAUGAGCGGCAGUAUCCUCAUCCCACCACCGUACAACUUUACUAUGGGAAAUGUAGGGUUAAUAAACAUUGCGGGAAUGAUCGGCCAAGCAGGCGGUUUUUUUAUCGGUGGUGUUCUCAUUGACAGGUACUCCGCCUACCGUGCCCGCCGCAAUAAGGGCAUAUUUCUCCCUGAGGAGCGACUAGCUCUUUUGUUUCUCCCCAGUUCUUUGGUUUUCGCGGGCACUGUCCUUUUUGGCUUUGCUGCAGAGAAGCAGAUGCAUUGGGCAGUUAUUUUCGUUGCGUACGGUCUAAUGAGCGUCGGCCUCACCGGUGUUGCUAGUAUCGCUAUGGUAUAUGUGUGUGACAGUUACUUCCCCGUAGCUGCGGAGUGCUUGGAACUGAUCAAUGGAUUCAAAAAUAUCGUCGCAUUUGGAUUCAUCAGAGGCACUGUACCGUGGAUCGAGUCCCGGGGGUAUGAAAGUGCUUUUGGUACCAUUGGGGGUAUAUUCGCGGCUUUCGUUUUCCUAGCAAUUGCUCUAGUGUUCUGGGGACCCAAAAUCAGACAUCAUACGUCCACGCACUGGCGUCUAAUCAGCUGGGAGAAGGCUCAUAUUCAUUGAAGCUGCUGUUAAAAGCCAGGAUAUACUUUACUGUUCGUAGCUGAAAGAUGGCGACGCUGUGGAGGGCAACAUCAGUGGAAUUGGUUCUUUGGAGUACAAGCUGGUGUUUCAGACAAAGUCGUGAUAAGCCAGCUUACGUGAAGGGAGU